AUGUCGUCGCUUCGGAAAGUCUUCCUUGGGAGACCCUCUAAUAACUUGACCAGUGGUAUCGUGGGGCUGGCGAAUGUGGGCAAAUCAACCUUUUUCCAGGCCAUAACGAAGUCGCAACUAGGAAAUCCAGCAAACUAUCCUUUUGCCACGAUAGAGCCGGAGGAAGCCAAGGUCCAGAUUCCAUCGCCCAGAUUGGACCAUUUACAGAAGUUGUAUCAAAGUGAAAAGAAAGUACCCGCGACCUUGACUGUUUACGACAUCGCGGGCCUUGUGAGAGGUGCCUCUCAAGGACAGGGUAUGGGAUCGGCAUUCCUCAAUGAUAUCAAGCAUGUUGACGGCAUUUUUCAUGUCGUGAGAGGCUUCCAGAAUACGGAUAUUACGCAUAUCGAAGGAUCUGUGGAUCCUCUUAGAGAUCUAUCAGUAGUUCAAGAUGAGCUGGUCUUGAAAGAUCUCGAGUUCCUAGAAAAUAUCAAGGAAAAAUUGUCAAAGAAGAUGGGGAGAACCGCUAAAAACUCGCAUGAGUUUGUGGAACUUGAACAAGAGCUAAAUUUCUUGAGCGAGUUAGAAGAGCAUCUCUACGAAGGAAGAAAAAUCAUUCACUUUAAAAAAGAUUGGACCCCGUUUGAAGUCUCAACACUCAACAAGCAUAAUUUUUUGACUGCGAAACCAACUCUUCUGCUGCUUAACGUCACACCCGAAGACUAUAUACUUCAGAAGAAUGAGUUCGUCGCUGAUGUUAAAAGAUGGAUAAAAGAGUUUGCACCUGGAGAUGAGCUAAUGCUGUUUAGCGCUGAAUUUGAGACCCUAUGCGCUAAGCACAGCUCUGAUAGCGACCCCUUCAAGAAGUAUUUACAUGAACAACUGGGACUUGAUCCAUCUACUACCUGGGCAGCCGCCGAAUCAGCUUUACCCCAAGCUAUCGUCAAGAUGAGGGAGCUUUUGGGAUUAAUCAGCUUUUUUACUUGCGGACCUUCGGAAGUGAGACAAUGGACCGUGAGGCAAGGCUCGACCGCACCGGAAGCUGCAAGCGUCAUUCACACAGACUUGCAAGACACAUUUAUUAACGCCAACGUGAUCAAGUACGAUGAUCUGGCGCAGCUAGAACCACCGUUCCAGGAAUCUGCUCUGAAAUCGCAGGGUAAGAUCAAACGGGUUGGAAAGCAGCAUAUUAUGGAAGAUAACAGCAUUGUUGUGUUUCAAGCAGCUGGGGCAAAGGCAAGAUAA